AUGCCCAACGACAACGGCUUCUGCCACAAGAUGCUGAUCUUUCUCGGCCUCAUGGCAGUCGGCGUCUCUCUCAUCAUCGUCUCCUUCGGUGUAGCCCUCAGCAACGAAAACAACAAGAUCUUACUGGACGCGACGAUGGUCGAACCUGGUACACAACAGAGAGCAUUCCGAGCGGCAUCCUGCCAUGUCGGUACUUGUACGAAGGAGAAGACGUUUUGGAAGACGGUGAUUAUGCCGGCUUCGACGGUUACAGAGACGGCGACUGUUCAUCUUCCGGAUUAUGUUGAGCCUACGGACCAUGUUGGGCCUGCACGACCGACGAUUGGGUUGUCGGGCACUCGAUCUACAACUCUUAUGCCACAUGUCAUGCCGACAGAGGAUGUUGAGGAUGUCGAGCAGAGAAAGGAGAGGUUCAUCAGAGGAGGCUCGAGGGGUCGACGGAUUGUUGAUGUCAACAAGCCAGAGAUGCAGAUGUGA